UCUGAGGAGUGGGAUAGAGGUGUGCGUGGGUAACCACAGGAAGAGAAUACUUUCACUGCCAAAGCACGGCCGGGAAGGACGAGAGGAGGCUCCAGUCAUCGGCCAGACCAACAAGGACGGUGAGAGUGAAACGAGUAGGGAGUGUUGUGUGUCGGAACAGUACGGUAUAGUUCUUCCGAGUGUCAUUACCGGUUCCGUGGCGGUCACUCGGCAAUCGGUAUCCGUGGCCGGUUAGGCGCCACGCUGCCAAAUCCGCCGAGAAUCGAACGCGUGUUUUUCUUCUUUUUUUUUUCCUUCUUCCAUUGUCUCUUUCGUUCAUCUCGUCUCAUCGCGCGCAACGCGAACGUCCGCGAGCGACGUCGAACGGGGUAUAUCGUCGAAGGGAUCGAGAUCGAGCAUCGUCGACCGGUCGGCGAAGGUCAAAAUCGUGAACGGUCGGCGGAUUUGACGGGCAACUUUCUACACCGGAAGUCGGCGAGAGGUGAAGAAGGACGAUCUUCCCCAUGAAGACCGCGGCACCAACUCUACGAUGACCACCGCAACCCCAUACACCCCGCUCAGAGUACCCAGGACCGAACGAUUAGGCACUCGUCCCCCAGACAUCCUCUAGCACCUUCGCAACGUUAUGCCACUCAACUCGAUCAAACUGCCAAAUCUUCAAAUUCGUCCAAAAUUACAAUUGAAGAAGCAUGGUGUUCAGCGCGAUAGUGGUGACAUCUGCCUUGAAGGGAGCCCUGGGCCUCGUGGGGACAAGCCUGUGGCUGAUCCCGUUGCUAAUAGCAGGCCUGUCCUAUUACCGCUACGACCAACUGGACCCGGAAAGCCGUCCCAUAAACAGAUACCCGCUGUACGCGGAAUACGACUUCAUCGUGGUAGGAGGCGGCUCGGCAGGAGCAGUGGUUGCCAGCAGAUUAUCAGAAAUCCCGGAUUGGAAUGUCCUUCUGUUGGAAGCCGGACCGGACGAGAACGAGAUAACAGAUGUGCCUUCGCUGGCUGCCUAUCUUCAGCUGACCAAGCUGGACUGGAAGUAUAAGACAGAACCGACUGGCAGGGCCUGUUUGGCGAUGAAAGGCGGCCGAUGCAAUUGGCCCAGAGGCAAGGUCUUGGGCGGUUCCAGUGUGCUCAACUACAUGCUGUACGUCCGAGGGAAUCGGCACGAUUACGACCACUGGGAGGCUCUUGGUAAUCCUGGCUGGGGAUUCAGUCAGGCUUUGUACUACUUCAAGAAGUCCGAGGACAACCGCAAUCCUUAUCUCCAGAAAAGCCCUUAUCAUUCUACGGGUGGCUAUCUAACGGUACAGGAAUCCCCAUGGAAGACACCCCUGGUGGUCGCCUUUGUGCAGGCUGGGGUGGAGAUGGGCUACGAGAAUAGGGACAUCAACGGCGAACGUCAAACAGGCUUCAUGAUCGCCCAAGGGACCAUCCGCCGAGGUAGCAGAUGCUCCACGGCUAAGGCGUUCCUCCGUCCUGUGAGACUCCGUAGAAACAUCCACACGGCUAUGAACGCCCACGUGACCAGGAUCCUGAUAGACCCGGUCACUAUGCGGGCCACCGGCGUGGAGUUCAUCAGGGACGGUCGCAGGCAGAUCGUCAGAGCACGGAAAGAGGUGAUCCUCUCGGCGGGAGCCAUAAACAGCGCCCAGAUCCUGAUGCUGUCCGGCAUAGGGCCGCAGGAGCACCUUCAGCAGAUGGGCAUUCCUGUGAUCAAGGAUCUCAGAGUUGGAGACAACCUCCAAGACCACGUUGGCAUGGGUGGACUGACCUUUUUGGUCGACAAGCCAGUCUCCAUAGUGCAAAACCGGCUUCAGGCUGCGCCGAUCACUAUGCACUACGUGGCCAAUGGAAGAGGACCCAUGACCACCCUGGGAGGGGUCGAAGGCUACGCCUUUGUCAACACCAAGUUCGCCAACAGGUCCAUGGACUACCCUGACAUUCAGUUCCACAUGGCGCCGGCCUCUAUCAACUCCGACGCUGGAGUCCAGGUUCGAAAAGUCCUGGGACUCACCGACGAGGUCUAUGACGCUGUCUACAAGCCCAUCGCGGAUAAGGAUGCUUGGACCAUCAUGCCACUGCUGCUGAGACCGAGAUCUCGCGGCACUGUCCGAUUGAGGAGCUCCAAUCCCUUCCACAGUCCCCUAAUCGACGCUAACUACUUCGCCGACCCCAGAGACAUCGCCACUUUGGUGGAGGGUGCUAAGCUAGCUAUGAAAGUCAGCGAGGCCAAGGUGUUCAGGCAGUUUGGGUCCAGGGUGCACCGGGUGAACCUGCCGGGCUGCAAGCACUUCAAGUUUGCCUCCGAUGCUUACUGGGACUGCCACAUCAGGCACAUUUCUAUGACGAUCUACCAUCCGGUCGGGACCACCAAGAUGGGCCCGUCCACUGAUCCCACUGCUGUCGUAGACCCUAGGUUGAGGGUCUACGGGAUCGGAGGGCUCCGAGUGAUCGAUGCGUCUAUCAUGCCCACUAUCAGCAGUGGAAAUACUAAUGCUCCGGUUAUCAUGAUCGGGGAGAAGGGUGCUGAUCUUGUUAAGGCUGACUGGUUGAAUUAUGAAACCGAGAGAUGAAGAUGGUGGUUUCUGCGACUGCUUUUAGAAUCUUGUAAGCUAUCGAGACGAUGUUGAAUUUGUGGCGUGUAGUGACUUUCGUGCCAGGUUUUAGAACACUUGUAGCGGUGGUCGUUGAGCUUUUAAGCAGUCUUGUCGAUGCCUGUGUAGAGGAUUCAUGAUUCGUUGUGAAUGUUUUAAUGAGUUUUGAGACGAAAAUGCGAAGGUUUUGCACGUUUUGUGGAUAGUAAUUUUCAUUUAUUGACCCUGGACCCAAUGAAAAAUGCAAUAUUUAUUAGUUAAAAUAUACGAAGCUUUGUCAGUGGUAGGGAUCUACUAGACCCUCGAAUGGAUUAAUUGAAAUUAAGUAGUUUUUGAAAAAUUGCGAUAUUUUCAUUCUUGUUAACCAACAAGUUAAAUUGAAUGAUUGAAUAAUUGCCAGCAAUAUAACAAAAAGCUUUGUCAAUAAGAAUAUUCCUCUCCCAACAGUGUGUACGGUAAAUUUUAAAGUAAACAAAUAUAUAAAAAACAUUUACACACAAUGCACAGAAUUUUAAGAUACAAAUGGAUCAACGACGAUAAAAUAUGCAAAACCUUUGUAUUCGUAAGAUAUUUUGAAUUAAUUCAGGUGUACGUAGACAUUUUUUUAUUGUUAUGUAGAAGAGUGUGUUAAGAUGGACAAUUUUGUUAUAAAACUGUUAAAUAUUGUAGAAUUGCAGCUUCGUAACUGCGACGUAGCCAAACAUAAAUUUAAUCUCGUAAUAAAAAUAUAGCGAAUAAACUAUUAAUAGGAAUGAUUACAUCGCAAAUUAAGAUCACGAAGGAAUUAUUUUUGUAACUUGCUCAUAAUACUGUAUAAUUUGCACAUAAUAGUGUACAGCUUUUUAUCAUACACUUUUACAAUUAAAAUAACAAUCACUCGUAGAUUUGAUCAAAACAUGUGUUAUCUCAGGUGAACUGUGCUGUCUAAGUGCCAUAAACUGUAACUUUAAUAUUGUAACAUAUUAAUUAUCAACUGUCCCUCAUUUGCCAAUUUUACUUGUUCCUUACUGUAAAUUAGUGUCAGUUAAAUAGUCAAGUUAUCAAAAUAUGUGAAUAAUUAAGUUAGUAAGUUUUAUCUUAAAAAAUUAAAAAUUAUACAAUUAACAAAUGAAUAGGAAGCACUGCCUUUCCACAAGCAAUUAAAAACAACAAGCAAAAAAAUCAACAUCUUGGAAAACUAAUUAAGUUAGCAAAACUCGGUCAUUAAAAAUAAAAAAAGCUGGGAAAAUGACACACUGGAUAGAUAAGUGUUAAAUAAGGAAUAGCAAGCAAAUGUUAUGUUAUGUGAAACGUUAAAUGCACUACUCGAAUUGAUACUUUGAUAAAAUGUGUAAUUUCUAAAAAAAAUAUAAAUGUUUUUACUUUUUGAAAGAUUAUAAAAAAAAUAUGCUAAAAUACAGGCUAUUAUUUUUGGUAGACCCAGGA